CUAUCUCGCUCACUAUCUCGCUCACUAAAGUCGGCCCCAGGCCAGGCGGGAGAAGGCCCCAGCGAGCCCUGUGAUCCUUUCCCUCCAGCGCCCAAGCCGCUUGUGCCUGCGCCGGGCGCUCGCCAACCUCCACUCCACUACACUGCCACACUGCCCAACUCAAAUCAUCUUUUCCCGAUCGCACCACGCACCCUAUCGUACCGCUGGUCAAUUCAACCCACACGUUGGCCCGCGACGCGACUUUCUCUAUCGCGACACUAGUCGGCGCGACGUCCUACAUCAUUGUUUCCUGCUAGUUUCAUCUCAAUGGACUUGGCGCUUUGUGCUCUGAUUGCUGACGCUGCCUGAAAAAUAGUCAGAUGGGUUCCCGUCCGCUACUUGGCCCGUCAUGAGCUCCUCCUGGAUGAAUGAGGCCGCUGCCAUCCCCAACCACGCCGGCAAUGGCUUUCAUCACAUGGGAGAUCCCAACAGCAUGGCCGGCGCCGGUAUGAUGGACCACUCUGCUUACAUGGCCAAUGCGGGCCAAUUCAACCCUAGCGCUGCUGGCCAGCAGUUCCCGAACCCACAACAGAUGGCCGUCGCGAUGCAGAACGGCCAGAUGCGCAACGCCUCCCCAUCCUUCUCGAACCCUGUCUAUCAGACAAACUCGGUCGUUCCCUCGAAACGUCCUCGGCCGAGGGAAGACAGUAUAGGCGCAUCGCCUCGACAAAAUCCCGGCAUGUUACCAACGUCGCGCGCCGGCACGCCUCAGCAGUCGCAAUUCCCCGGCUUCCAGCCCAACGCGAUGCAGCCUCAAAACACGGGACAACCUCAACACUAUCCUCAUCUUCAGCCGAACGGCUCCUCUACCGCAUCUCCAUCCCCCGUCAUGGCUGGGAAUCAGCUUCGUCCAGGCAGUGUGCCUCAACGCGUUAAUACCGCGUCGCCGCAUCCCUUCUCGCCCGCUUCUCAACAAUUCGGUCAGCAGGCAUCUCCUGUCCCUUCUGAACAUAGUAAUACACCACAACCAGGCAUGUACAUGACUCCCCAAGGUUUCCCUCAAGGCUAUAACCCUGCGUUUGCGCCCUCGCCCUCUCCAGCUAGACCACCCUCAGCUCAAAAUGCCAUGACGCCCCAGAUGGCACCACAUCAGAUGGGACAGCAAAUGCCGCAAAUGCACCCAAACCAGAUGUUUCCCAAUCAGCAGAUGCAUCCAAUGCAACAGAUGCAGAUGCAACAAAUGCAAGCUGCGCAGGCUAUGCAAGGGCGUGGGGGAAUGGAUCCCAAGAUGAUGUAUCAUAUGCGAUUACAACAACAGUACGGACAAGGGAAUAUGCCACCAGGGGCAGGAGACAUGCAAGCACAGAAUAUGGCACAGAACCGAGGCAUGAUGCCAAAACAAGGGAUGCCUAUGCAGAAUGGCCAAGGGCCACCGGUCGGCAUGCGUCCGCAACAACCGGGACAAACACCACGUGGCAUGACCCCCGAUAUCUUUAUGAAGAAUCUCAGUAACUUCAUGGCCUCAAGGCAGCUGCCCUUUGAUAUGAAUCCCAUUGUCGAGGGCCGUCCUUUACAUUUAUUCCAACUUUUCCAGGUAGUUCAGAAAUUUAACGGGUAUCGCAAUGUUACAGCCCAGAAUGCAUGGGCACAAGUCGCAGCGGCUGUUGGGUUUCCACUGCAACAAGUGCCGUCGGCGCCUAGCCAAGUUAAAGUUGUAUAUGAAAGAAAUCUGAUCAAGUUUGAAGAAGCUUGGAUGAGCCAGCAACGAAGUCACCACAUAAAGCAACAGUCUACUGGUGCGGGUGGUAUGCCCACUACACCUGGUCAAGGAACACCUCAAAGAGUGCCUCAAAUGUCCCCUUCGCAUAAUAUGCAGCCGACACAACCUCAGAUGCCAGUUCAACCUGCACAGAGCCCGGUCAAACAGGUAGGACCUGGCAUGCAGCAUAACAACGUCAACGGCUUUCUACCUCCUCAGCAUCCCCAAACUCCCCAACAGCAACCUAAUGCUGGCCAAGGGCCUCUCCGAAAUAGUAUGCCUAGGAGCAUUGACGCGACCCCUAUCUCUGCAGAGUUUCAAUUACAUUCCCCAGGCUCUAUAGGCAAACCAGGUGGUCCCCCUUUCCAUACUAUGAACCAACGACCCGACCUGGUCAAACACGUCAACGGCGCCGUCACUGUAUCAAUCCCAAACUCGCUAACAACCAAUGAUGAUGUUUAUGUGCCUCUCACUCGUCCACUCGAGAAAACCCCGCCAGAAGUGGGAGGUUGCUAUGGCGGUCUGGACAUAGACGUGGUCGCUCGGCUUUUAGGCGAUGUAGUCCAAGUCACCCCCGACAUGCCAUACAUUGGAGAACUAGGUAGCAUUGAUAUCCAUGCUUUAACGAAAAGUAUACAAUGUGGCAUACAUGGAGAGGUUAGGCUGGCUCUCGAUGUGUUAGCUAUAGUAACGCGUCAUUGUGAGGGUUCUCCGCACCUUAGCAUCGAGCUUGAGCUCUGCGAAGACCUGGUUGACUCAUUACUUGACUGCGCCGAAGAACAAGUCGACCUAUUAGCCGAAAACGCCGAGCCGAUUUCAGACGAAAUUGAUUUGACAUCGUAUGAGGAUGUGCUGCGGGCCGCUCGUACAGAACAAUUCCACCUCAGAAAAGUGCACACCUUUGGUGAGACGGACUACGAACUCGAACGAGCGGCAGACCGGCUCAUUGCUAUAACGACGAUUCUGCGCAAUUUAUCUUUCAUUGAGAAGAAUCUGCUGUCACUUGCCGAUGAGGUGGUCAUCAAAUUUCUCUGUAGCUUGAUCAGGUCUCUUGGCACUCACGAGGGUCUGCUGAGAACCGCUCAAAACACGCUUGACAUUAUGAAGGACAUAAUACUAUUAUUGUCUAAUAUUGCCGCAUCGGUGGAACUACCUGGUCGGGAUCAAGCAUUCUGCUUACUCCAAUUCAUCCUUUCAUUCGCACCAUCACCAAGCCCAUGUGUGACAGCAGAUACACUUGUAUUCACCCCUUACAACCCUAAUAUCCAUCCAUACCUCCCAUUCGCUCUAGAUGCCCUCGCUAAUCUCCUGGCACGAGACGAGCCCAACCGACGGCACUACAAAACGAUAGUUGCCGCAGACGCUCUGUCAUCGCCCCCUUACGAACUCCUAACGCGCACUUUCGCCAUGGCUAUCUCUCCUAUACCAUAUGACAGCUACGACAUACGGUUAGGCAUCCUACCUGAAAUAGUGGAAGUUCGUAAGCCUCUGCUCAUGCAGGCUAUGCUCACAGCCGAUAUAAUUGCCCAGCUAGCACCUGGAUAUGAGACAGGUGUGACUCGAGCAUGGCUAUCGUCUGGUGAAGGGUUUGCUCAAAAGUUGUUGACUUUGGUGAAGAUUAUCUGCCAGUAUGUUGAGCACCCAGUAGUGGGACCAAAGAAGAAUCCAAGCAACAGGGAGGAGCCCGAAUUGGUAUAUAUGGUCUCAUGUGCAGUAUCGGCUUUACGGAGACUAUGCGAGAAGGCUAGAGAUCCAAACAGCAUGACCAGUAUACCGCCCAAUGCACUGCCGACGCGUGCUAGUCUUUUUGAGAGUUUGAAUAAUCUCAGGAACCCAAAAUGGGCGUUGUUAUUAAACCAGCUGAGUGCAUAUGUUGGGCUUGAAAAUUAAUGAGCACGGCUUGGAAGCGAGGCGUUUUGGAGGGGAGGCGGAGAGGGGGGGGCAUUUCUUUCCUAGAUGGCAGGCAAGGCAUUCAUGUACAAAAACCCCUCGGCCACUACUACUAUUACGC